AUGGCGCCGUAUCGUAAUGUUAGAUAUUGGCUCGGAGAUUUUCGUCGUCGACGAGUAAUGAACAAGUAUGAAAAGUUUAAUCAUUCUCAUGCAAAACUUAGAAAUGUUAUURAACGYUCUUAUGGCGUCCUGAAAGCACAUUUUCCAAUAUUGAAAAGAAUGGCACCAUUUACACUUGAGGUUCAAAGAGACGUUGUUAUUGCAUGUUUUGCGGUUCACAACUUCAUAUGGAAGGAAGGUUUAAGUGAUGAGCUAUUUUUUGAGUAUGAUCAAACCAACGAACAAGGGAACGAUGACGAGGAUGAGGCUGAAGAGAUUCAAUCGCAUGGGAGUGCCGCUGACCAAACAUAUAUGGCUAGUUCAAGAGAAGAAAUUGCAACACAAUUAAUGCAAAAUGAAUAUUGA